AUUUUUUUCUAGCAUGUUGACGAAYGAGUUGUGCAUAAAAUGCUUGAACGAAUCGAUAUCAAGGUCAUCGAUAUAGAUAUUGGGGCUUUAUCUAACAUCUCAUCACUCUUAUCUAUGUCAUUCUUACGUAUUUUGCAAGUUCGAGAUGAGAGAAAAGUUUGAUUAAGUAUCUUGUGGUCACAAGUACUUGGCGUGCUUUUAAUCUACUGUACACUACAAGAUCGCUUAUGAUAUAACUUUUGAUCAACAUCGUAAUUUAAAUCAAGAAAGGGCUAAUUAUUGUUAGUACGAAACUGGAAGGACAUUCAACGCUGUUAUCUGAAGACAAGGUGAUUGGUWGAGGGCCAUARCAGAGAUAUCACUUGCAAUUUCAGCUCGUAGAAACUAUCUAGCAAAACCUCUUUAGGGACUGCGAUGAUGGCCGAGGCUGGGAUGCACUCUGUGAACCCGCGUGAAAUGGUAUCUUCACUGCGAAAAGAAAUGAAUCUCAUCAAAGCCGAGGAAAUGUUUUUAAAAAAACAAAUAUUAUCCCUUAAUGACCAAUUUCAAGAUUUGAUGAUAUCUGUUGCAAAACUGUAUCCUGAUAUUUUAAACGAAGAUUUCGCACAAAAACCCGACAAAUCUCCUCUUCAAAUACUUGAUCAUGACCCCUCGCGGAUAAAUUGCAAUGACUCUUUAAGGAGAACAGAAAGAAAAAGUCGAUGGAAUGAAUGGAGAGAGGGAAGAUCAAGGAGAAGGUCAUUCUUUGAUGGUGAGUUAUCAAAAGAAAGACAUCACCUAUCAAAACUACACACUGCAGAAAGACCGUCCAGUAUUCAUGUCGAUAGUCAAUUAAAUAAAGCCGAACGUAGCCCGAGGCAUCACCGAAGUCACUCCGAACCGAGAUGCGAGAGUCCUCAAACCCCUGACGAGCAAGACACUAAAUUCUACUCGCUAGACAGUGAAAGACGAAGACGAAUACGUCAGAGACUAAAGGAAUCGCGAAAAACUCUAGAUGUCGUGCAUUUGGGAUUAUUUUGAAUUCACAGCGACUACUUCUGUAAAAUAUUAACUGAUUCCACUAGUUACUGAAACUCUAAAGCCUGAGUUUGCAACAAUUGUACUGAUGGCUCAAUAAUGAAUUUGUUUUUUAUUCAGACUGACCACAAGAGAUUCAUCAUGCUGUAUUUACAUUUGUUUUAAGAAAGCAUCGUGAUUAUUAAGUGAUUUUAAGUACACGAACAAUUAUGGAUCUUCUGUGAUGCUAUAAACUAAUCCACAAAGCUCAUGCGGUUUUUUUAAUUUGCACUAUUGUAGAGCAGCAAAUCAUAUUAAUUCAUUAAAGUGCMAAAUACUUC